GGAGCUACUGCGACUGUCCACAAAGCAAUCUGCCUUCCUCGUAAUGAGGAGUGCGCCAUCAAGAGGAUUAAUCUGGAAAAGUGCAACACCACCAUGGAAGAACUAGCGAAAGAGAUUCAGGCAAUGUGUUUAUGUAAACACGUCAAUGUGGUACAGUACUACACCUCCUUCGUUGUUAAGGAUGAAAUUUGGCUUGUUAUGAGGCUGCUAGAAGCUGGAUCCUGUCUUGAUCUUAUCAAGUACAUGAUGAAGAAAGGAAAAGGAAAGGGAGGACUAUUUGAAGAAGCUGUCAUCGCAACAAUGCUCAAAGAAACGCUACAAGGUCUAGACUACCUCCAUGAAAAUGGUCAAAUCCAUAGGGAUGUUAAAGCAGGAAACAUCCUCCUGGGUUCAGAUGGUACAGUCCAGCUUGCCGACUUUGGCGUUAGCUCAUGGAUUGCGACUGGCGGUGACCUCUCCCGUGAUAAGGUCCGUACAACCUUCGUUGGUACACCGUGCUGGAUGGCACCAGAGGUCAUGGAACAGGUGACUGGAUAUAACUUCAAAGCCGAUAUCUGGAGUUUUGGUAUCCUGGCCAUAGAGUUAGCUACUGGUGCUGCACCCUAUGCAAAGUUUCCUGCCAUGAAGGUGUUGAUGCUAACCCUUCAGAAUGAACCACCAAACCUAGAUUCCUGCUCAGAAAACAAAGAUGAAUACAAGAAAUACAGCAAGGAAUUCAAGAAAAUGGUCUCAAAGUGCUUACAAAAAGAUCCAACGAAAAGACCUACUGCGUCUGAACUGCUCAAGAGUCCGUUCUUCAAGAAAGCCAGAGAAAAGAAGUAUCUUAUUGAGAGUCUCAUUCAAGAAGGACUCAAAGUCAGACAAGCACAACAACAAAAUGUCAAGCGAGUGCCGGGGUCAAGCGGUCGCCUGCACAGGACGGUAGACGGGGCAUGGGAAUGGUCAGACGAUGAACUGGACGAGAAUAGUCGGGAAGGUAAAGCGGCAAGCAUUGGACGAUCACCAAGGGUUGGUGCACAGUUCAAGGAAGCUCUAGAGAAUGAGAUGGGCACAAAGGUAGAACCAGAGCCUAUCAAGAACGAGGAUGUGAAAUCAGUCGAUGCUCCACGAAGCGGAGAGACGGAACAAAGCGUAGAAGGUGGAGGAGGAGGAGACCAAACCCCACCCCUAAGCCUCAUCCUUAGACUCAGGAAUGCAUCAAGGGAAUUGCAUGACAUCAGAUUUGAGUUUAGAGUGGACCAGGACACACCCAACGGACUCUCUCAGGAACUGGUCAAGGAAGGUCUCGUCGACGGCAGGGAUGUCAUUGUUGUUGCAGCAAAUUUGGAGAAAGUUGUGAAAGAUCGGGAUUGUAAAUCUAGGACAUUUAGACUGAAUUCUGGUUGUGAAGUGAACGAAGUGGCAGACGACAAAGCUCUUAUAGGUUUUGCUCAGCUUACUGUCAGCUAGUCUUGCUUCCAGCCCCUAAAGGAUGUCUUGAAGACAGAAACUACACAAUAUAAAGGAAACGAAUGUAGGGUGUAUAGAGAUUUUUACAAUUAUAUAGCUUCUUUAAAAAGAUGGUAUCAAAUCACGCAUUGCUAAUUGUCAUGAAUUCACUGAAAUUGGUACAUAUCUAUAAUUUUAGCUCACUUUCAAAGUAAGCGUCUAAACCAAAGCCUGUUUAAAAUGAUCGUCGAAUUGCAAUAUUUUAAGAAAUGCUUUUUGUUCAGAGGUGGGGGGGGGGGUUAUCAUCUAUUACAUCACCCCUCCCCCCCCUUUGAACAGUAAAUUCCAUUAUUUUAUCUUUGCCUGAAUUCUAUGUGAUUAGUAUGAUGUUAUUAACACAGGGUGAUAGGCUUGAAUAGUUAAUUUAUGUUCUCUACAGCAGUGUUUUAACUACGAAAUUGACAACAAUUUUGAGUGAAAUAGUACAUGUAACUAUGCAAUGUUGUGUCAAGAAUUUAAAGCAAUCAAAAUGUUUAAAGUGGAAAAUAUGGGUGCAAAACUAGAUUGCAUUCCUGUCAAAUUUGUCACGACGGUUCACGUUUGUAGUUCUUAAGUCGUGUUGCCAUUUGCUCGUAUUUUCAUGCAUUUAUUGCAGACAUUGUAAGUGGUAGCAAUGCACCGUUUCAUUUUUUAUUCUGGAGAAUCAUCCUUUGAUAUGAUCGCAGAUGUAAUGUAAGGCUUUAAAUGUGCUUUCUCUGGCUCAUACCGUGGUAUUGGUUAUCCUUGGAUUUUAGAAAUACCAUUUUUUAUAAUGUAUAUAUCUGGUCAAUCCAUUACAAGGGAGAUGAACUCUAUUAGUUAUCCUUUAGAUAUUUUUGAGAUAAUAUACUGCUACAAAAUACAUGAGGUGGUACUCUGAUAGCCAUGGUUUUAGUUAAACAUGGGUUAACCUUGACCACACUUUUAUGGAGUGCCAAUUGUCAACUCAUUCAUCAAUCAAAUAUUAUUCUUAUCCUUCCACAAAGAGUUUUCAAAAAAAUUAACGAGUUUGUCAAAUUGAAAGAAUUGGAAAAUUCUGAAUUAUUAAUUUUGCUGAAUUAAUUGACAGAUUAUAAUUGCCAUGGAUAUGGAAGAAAUAUUAUGAAGCCUAGCAUUCCAUAGAAGUUUAGUUUGAAAUUCUACUUUAGACUAGGCUUAAAACCUAGGUAUAAUUAUCAGAAUACCGAUCAUGGUGUUUUAACGUUAAGGGAUUGAUUGACUGUCAGGAUGUCACUUUGAAUAUGACGUAAUAUCAUCAACAAUAUUUUUAUGCUAUCAAUGCUGUACAACAAUGCUUUCACCAAGACAUUAAACAACAGCACUGGAAUUGAAAUCAAAUUUUAUAUGAUUUCUCUCAGGCGUCGUAACAUUACCAGUGUAGUGUUCAAAUGCUAUCACUGAGGUGUACAAAUGCUAUCACCUAGGUGUUCAAAUGCUAUCAUUGAGGUAUUAAAAUGCUAUCACUGAGGUGUACAUGUACAAAUGCUACAUUAGCACUGGGGUGUUCAUAUGCUGUCACUGAGGUAUUUAAAUACUAUCAUUGAGGUAUUCAAAUGCUGUCACUGAGGUGUACAAAUGCUACAGUAUCACUGGGGUGUUCAUAUGCUAUCACUGAGGAGUUUACGUGCUGUGACAUCACUGGUGUGUUUAAAUACUUUCAGUGAGGUGUUCAAAUAAUAUCACUGAUGUGUGUAAAUGAUAUCACUGAGGUGUACAAAUCUAUGGCUGCAGUGUCCAAAUGCUAACCGAUCACUGAGGUUUUUAAAUGCUAUGACAUCACUUGGGUGUUUGAAUGCUAUCAUUGAGGUGUACAAAAUUGCUAAUGAGAUGUACAGUAUAUGAUAACACUGAGGUGUUCAAAUGUUAUCACUGAGUGUUUAAAUGCUGUCAGUGAAGUGUUCAAAUGCUAUUACUGAAGUGUGAAAAUUAUAUCUCUGUAGUGUACAAAUGUUAUCACUGAGGUGUGAAAAUGCAAUCACUGAGGUGUGAAAAUGCAAUCACUGAGGUGUUCAGUUGCUAUCACUAAAGUGUUUAAAUGCUGUCACUGGUGUUCCAAUGAUAUAACCGAGGUUUUAAUACAGAUGUUUUCACUGAAGUGUUUUAAACAAUCUUUGGUGCAUAAAUGUUGUCAUUGAGGUGUUAACGCCUGACGACCAAUGUGAUCACUGAGGUGUUCAAAUGCCAUCAAUGAAGUGUUUUAAAUGCUGUCACUGUGGUGUUCAAAUGAUAUCACUGAGGUGUUUAAAUGAUAUAACUGAGGUGUUCAAAUUAUAUCACGGAUGUGCUUAAAUGGCAUCUCUGAGGUGUACAAGUGCUUUCACUUAGGUGUUCAUAAACUACUACUAGAUUUUUUGUGAAACAAUCAGGCCAGUGAUAGAAUUAAUAUUGAGGUAAAACUGCACUUACACACUUUUGUUGUGUAGGGAUUUCACUCUCGUCAAAUACGUGUAAGAUGAAAAAAAAUAAUUGGUUCAUGGAGUUAUUUCCCUUAUCUCAUGCAGGUAAUUGCAACAAGUGUUGUCUUUUAUUGAAUAGAAAUUAAAAUUGCUUUAUCUAUGCAUUAUCAACACUUUGUUUGUAGAGGGGCGACUUCAAAGAUCUUAGUUCUUUCUCACACCCGGUGUAUUGACCGUUUAAAGCACCUAAUCUGCCAAAAUAGACUAUUGUGAAGGCCAAACUUGUUGAAACUUUAUGUUUUACAUACAAUUUCUAAUGAUAAAUAUGUUUUUUAAAGACUGCUUGACAUUACGAUGAAGCCAACUUAAAGUUAAUGGUAAUAUAUUUUCAUGUGUAGAGUGAUAAAGCCCUUCUAUCCUGAAGUUGGGGCUAUGUUAAACUCUUGUUUAAAGUUAUGGUUUACCUAUGGAAAGUGCCAAUUGUGACAUAAAUCUCUAACGGUUGAGGUACAAUGAAUCGGCUCAUUUGAUUCUUAACUCUCUGGGAAGGAUAGGUUGUCUUCACUAUUAAAGAAUUAGGAAAGAGCAGAGUGAACAAAAUUUUGACAAGUGUGGCUUCCCAUAAUUGAAGCACAGAGUAAGCCGACUUCAAGAACAGAGGCCAUAGUGUCAAUGUUACGUUUGCUAUGGCAAGAUGGUAUUUCAUAAAGCUGUUUGUAAGUUUAUGACUUUAAUACAGGGAUCGCUUAACUUUGUUAGCAGCUGAUGCAUGUAUUCGUCCUCAAAACCCCUGAAACGGACCACAAUAUAGGAUGAAAAACUAUAAUUUUUAGACACAAGUAGUAGUUUAUUAGCCUGAUUUUGAUAACCAUCUCUGACACGCAUUAAGCUUAUGCCCAGUUUUCUCAAAUUAGAAAAGUCAGUUGGCUGUGUUGACUGCCUUCUGCUGUGUGCAACUGCUAUGCACACACUAUUAUUAGCUACACUGUAUAUUCAGUGUACCUUGUAUGCACUGUACAUGUACGUAGGUCAUGCUGGGUUCGUCAAGAGCUUUUGUGUUGGAGUAUACGGAUUCGCUCUACAAACAUAGUAAUUGAAACCAACCACCAAUCACUUUCAGAUUUUGGUUUACAUCUCCAAAGUUUUUAAAUAGUUCCUUUAGAUAUGAUACUUUGAAACUUAGUUGGUAUUUUUCCACUAUAACCCUAAUGUUAAGCCCAUUUCCAAGAAACAAAUGGCUUUUUUUUUUAAUUGGAACAAAGUGAAACAUUCAUUUUAAUGCUUGACUAGUGAUCUGUUCAUGGGUUCCAAAUCAGAUUUUUAUUCACUUUGAGUCUCAUUAAUCAUCUAAAGUUAAAAUUUAGAUUAAAUUUCAAUGCGUAUGUGAAGUGUUUUGGGCCAGUGGAUUAGUCUUUAGACUUUGAAACAGAGGAUCGUGGAUUAGAAUCCCAGCCAUGGCAUAAUUUUCUCCAGCAAGGAACUGAUCCACAUUGUGCUGCACUCAACCCAGGUGAGGUAAAUGGGUACCCGGCAGGCAUAAUUCCUUGAAUUAAUCCAGCGCAUUUGGCAGCUGGAGCUAAAGCGGAUUAUAUUGCACCAUUGAAUAGGCAACUAGAAAAUUGUCGCCUCCUAUGUGCUCCAUGUAUAUAUUAUUCUUACAUGAAUUCAAAGUGAAUAAUUUGUCAAUAUUUUAUUACAAUUACGGUCACCAUUCGUGCGUUAAGUUGUGUCCAACUUAUGUUCAGUAACAGUAUACUGAAAAGGCUCUUUAAUCUAUUUGUUACAUACAAACAACAUGGAAAUUCAUAACUUUCAUGUUUGUCCAGUUUUCUUCAAUUGUUCAUCUACCUAGGAGCACCUUUAGCACCUAGCAAGUUGGAUACGUGCACUAUAAAAAUCCUAUUUUUUUUUUACCUGCUUCUCUGAUUGUUUUGUUUCUUUGAAGAGAAAAAACAGCUUCCCUUUUGGGUCGGUUCUCCUUUGAUUUCCUUUGAAGGGUUAUGUAAGUUUUUGUUUCAUAUUUGUCAAUAAUUGUCUUUAUUGGGUCGGUAGAUGUCACUUUGCAUGUUGCGAGAUAAAUUUAUUGAAUAAUUUUGUACCUAUUUGAGCUCAGAUGUUUGCAGGGCGGUAUUGACAAUUAUGGAAUUAGUAUAUGGUACACCAUGUGGUGAGUCCUAAAAGGACUAAGAAAAGGGGAUAGAGGUAUAUAAUUCAGUGAAAUGGAAAGGAGAGAAAGCUGAAGUUUGGAAGGAAGAGUAGUCUUUUCUGAACCAAGUGCAAGUUGAGAGGCAUGAGUAGCGGGAGAGAUGAGAAAAGGCUGGCUUGAGUCAGCAAGUGGAGUUGUAGAGUAAGAGAGGAAAAAAACAACGUUUCUGGCAGGCUUACUGUCGGCCUUCUAUCAGAGCUUAUGAUUCAUUUGUUUUACUUUAUAAAGUCUUUCAUUUAUAGAUAGGCAUUACAAUCAGCUGUCUAGUUUUUACUUUUAAAAUGGGUAAAAAAAUUGCCUGUUUACGUUAAUUUGAGUGUUGAAUAUGCGUAUGUUAAACAAUUUAAUGUAAUAGCAUAGGGGCAAUUCCAUGAAGUAUGUACAUGUAUUCCCCAAAAUCAUUUGUCUGUAUUUUAUGUGGUUAUAUGAAAUUUGUGAAGCUCUCAAAUUAUGAGUUUAACAGUUUUCGACCCAAAUUUAUUAACUUGUUCCCUCUGUCACGGAUUACGCCACGAUUCAAACGGCGUACUUAAUCGUGGAGUAAUCGUCGUGAUCUUAUCAGAUCGUAUCACCAUCAGAUCAGUCGUGGCAAUGGUAUUGAUGAUAGAAAAAUGUUGAAUGGUUAAAAAAAAAUUGCAAUCAAGUUACGAAAGGCCUGUCAUGGCUUUCGUAAAAGAUCGCACGAGGGUGGGAACGAGCUAUAAAAAGGAGAAAACUUGAAGUUGGAUUUACAAAAAGGUCGAUUAUUUUUGUUUGAAUUGCCCAUAGGUUUUAAUUUGUCUUCCUUUCAAUGUGAAAGUGUUUUUAUCUUUAAGUUGUUCGAUUCAAUAUGAUUUGAUAUAUUUUUCAGAAAUUUUUUCUGCAUGUGUAUUCUGUUUAUUAUUUAUAUAUUUUGUUUUCUGAAUUCUUGAUAGAUUGUACUAUACUAUAAAAUACUGCUCGGCCAACAUACCAUGAUAACUCAAGAAAAAGAAUGUUACUUCCAACUAUUUCCGUUUGUCUCACAAUGAAUGUAUAUUAUCUUUGGCCUUGAAAAGAAUGAUGCAUAGGAAAGUGGAAGAACCUGGUUUCCCUCACACUGUAUUCGUCAGUAAUAUCUUCUCUUGGAAUAGCCUCAUCAUUUUUUAAGAAUGAGAGCUGAGAUUUGAACCUGAUGAUGAAUUAACUCAUCAGUGUAAAGACAAGAAGUGAUUUUCUCCCAAACACUUUUAAUCACGAUUGCUGCCAGUGUUUCCAUAAACACAUAUUCUUGGCUUUUCCUUUUUUUUGUUUUUUGCAAAGUCUACAUAUUUGUGAAUGUUAUAUUCAUGAAUUAUGGUAGCUUUCAUGUCUAGGAUAGCCAUAUACAUCAGCCCGUACACUACAAUCAAACUUAGUUCACCAAAUACAAUACACUAUAGACAAUCACACAAGUACAUGUAUAGAUAGGUGCUUAUACAUGAUGUUCAAAAUUUUCACCAUCAGUAUAACUUAUUGUAUAUUCCUGAUCUAAUAAUGCAAAAUAUUAUUGGAACUAAUCUAUAUAUUCAUUUUAUCUCACAUAUACAUUGGUGUGAUGAAUAUUUAUUUUGCUGAUGAAUAUUCAUCUAUAUGAAGGGUUAUCUGUAUAUUUUCACAUCCAUUUGAAAGCAAAAUGGAGGUUUAGUUUUCAUGUGCAUCUUCCAUACCUGGAAGGAUUGAUUGAUUGAGGUAAUGCCCAUAUAGCACCGAGAAAAACUACGCAGUUUAUUAUAAGAUAUCUUCAAAGCAUGGAUCCUUGUUCAAAAUGAAAACAUAAAUGUAACCUGCCAUUUCCAGAUUUGUAAAGAAAAUAUUCAAUUUGUUUUUAUGAGGUUGAAUGAAAAAUUAUAUAAAAAGUGAAAUAUAUCAUGUUGUCGUGUACAGUAUAGUUGAAUAUAAAGAUGCAUACCAGUUAUUACUUGUUUUGCUCUUAUGAUUGAGUUUUUGUUAAAUCAGAAUAAAAAUGAGACUUUAAUCAUAUUUCAUUGGAAAGGGUCUUCUUGUACAUGUACUGUACAGAAAAGUUUUGCCAAAUACCAAAGGAAAGAGUCAAUAAUUGUACAAUGUUGAGUGGCCUUGAGGGGAACAUGAAAUAUAUUGCCUACAGUAGAAUCUUAUUGGCCCAAGUCUUUAAAUGAGGGCAGUAUGGUUCUUUUAAGGGCAAUAUAUUUGAUGUUCCCCGAAAGAAGAGCCAGUCAAUAUUCUUAUCAUAUUCCAAAUCAGAUAUCUAGUGCAAAAUUGUGGAAAUUUGUAUAUUUUACCCUUUAAGAAUGGGAUUUAUUUUUUCAUGUUGAGCAGGCUGGGCCUCUGAGCUUUACCAUUGUGACGUAAUUGAAAUGUCGCUUCCCCAGCCUUGGGAUGCAAAAUCCAGCGUUGACUCCUAUUGAUUAACAUUAUGACAUGAUAUUGCUGCACGGAUCAAUAUGAUGCGUAUCUCUACGCGUCUUCAGGUGCCCGGAUGUGAUACCAGGGAAAAUGCAAAGGUAUAUUUUGCAUCUUCUCUGCAUGCAAAGUCAGUAUGCAUGGAAAGACUGAGCAAAAUACAAAUAAUAUACAUAUUAUCCCUUCCUGAUGUUCAUGAAAUCUAGGGCAAUACAGUUUUGUAAAUUACCUUAUUUUUUUACAAAUUCUUCAUCUCAAAUGCAUUAAGUUGAGAUAAAACCAUUUUGUAGAUUCUGGAAGGGGGGGUGGGGGGAGGCGGGGAAGGCAAAUGUAUUGCAUUAUCUUAUUAUUAGUCAAUUGCUGUUCGGAAAAUUUUCAUUCAUAAGAAAAUCAAAAAGAAGUAUCACUCUUAUGCUUGAACCAUGGGAAAAAGGAUACUUCUGCUUUAUACUCCAUGGCCAAAGCCUUUAUUCUUCUUCAUUAUUAUUAAAUCCGCCAGACCAAGUGGAUAUCAAGUCUAUUUUAUUUUUAUUUUUCUUGGUGAAAUUCACUAUUGUCGGGUCUAAUUUCAACAGAAUAAAUGCCGUAGCUAUCAGUUUAUAACUGACACAUAGUGCUCUAACCUAAUGCCUUUGUCUAAUUUUAAAAAGAAAGUGGCUAGGUAAACAAAAGAGGCAUGACAACAUACAGUUCAAUAUUUUGAUUUGCAUGACAAUUAUUUCAAUUUUUCAAUGUUAUCCAUGUGUGCCAAUAUUGCAAAUAAAUACGACAGUCGGCAUGAAACAAGAUAA